AUGAAAGAUCCAUCGCUGCGACCACCAUUAAAUGUGAAUAAUCAAGAUGAUACAAAUUUUUCCAACAUAACACAAUCAACCACAACGACACGUGCAAAAGCAGCUAUUGUGAUACUGGUCAGGAAUUCAGAAUUGCAUCAAUUACGGUUUACGAUGCAUCAACUCGAGGAUAGAUGGAACAAAAAAUUUCAUUAUCCUUAUGUAUUCUUGAACGAUGUGGCAUUCACGGAUGAGUUUAAAGAGUUGACUACUGGAAUUACUGAAUCAAAAACUUUUUAUGAAAUGUGGAGUUAUCCACCGUGGAUAAACCAAACAAAAGCGGAUGAAAAUCGUGAUCAGAUGGAAAAAGAUAGAGUAAUCUAUGGUGGAUCUUUACCGUAUCGACAUAUGUGUCGAUUCAAUUCGGGAUUUUUCUUCCGACAUCCACUAUUAGAUGAAUACGAUUGGUAUUGGCGUGUAGAACCAUCUGUGGAAUUCGCGUGCACUAUCGACUACGAUCCAUUUCUAUUCAUGCAAAAAAAUAAUCUGUCCUAUGGAUUCACUAUCUCGUUGCCUGAAUUUAACAAUACAAUUCCGACACUCUGGCAGACUGUCAGAAGUUUUAUGCAUGAGAACAAGGAGUUGAUUAAUCCCAAUAAUUUCCUUAAUUUUAUCACGGAUAAAGAUGGGGAUUAUAAUUUAUGCCAUUUUUGGAGUAACUUUGAAAUAGGCAGUUUAAAUUUCUGGAGAAGCGAACGAUAUCUAAAGUUUUUUGAUUAUCUUGAUAAAAAAGGUGGAUUCUUUUAUGAAAGAUGGGGGGACGCGCCAGUACACUCAAUAGCACUUGCCAUGUUCUUGGAAAGAUCAGAGAUACAUUUUUUCAAUGACAUCGCAUACAAGCACAAUCCAUUCCAGCAUUGCCCAGAAGAUUUGGAGCGUUAUCAUUAUUCGGGGUUAUGCCACUGUGACCCGCAACAAAAUUUUG